AUGAAUGCCAUGAAAAAUCCUCUUCUCUUGCUAUGUUUCUCCCUGGUCUUGUCUUUUUCACUUACAUCUUCAGUUCGUCUCACUUUGCGUGAAGGCUCCUCCCUUUCAGUUGAUAAACCUGAUGACACUUUGACGUCGGAAGAUGGUGCUUUUACCGCGGGCUUUUAUCCUGUCGGAGAAAAUGCUUAUUGCUUUGCCAUUUGGUUCACCAAACCAUCUUGUAGUAUCCAUAACUGCACCGUAGUUUGGAUGGCAAACCGCGACCAGCCCGUCAACGGAAGAUCUUCAAAGCUUUCUUUAAGAAAGAAUGGUGACCUUGUACUGGUUGAAGCUGAUCGUACCGUUGUUUGGGCCACAAGCACCGGUUCAUCCUCCGGGUCAUCAAUGAAGUUGCUGCAACUCCUUGACACUGGCAAUCUUGUCCUUCGUGACAAACAGCACGACAUUUCAUGGCAAAGCUUUGACUCGCCGACCAACACGCUUCUUCCACUACAAAAGCUCACUGGGAACACCCCGCUCGUUUCCUCUCGAAGUAAGAACAACUUUUCUUCUGGCUAUUACAGGCUUUAUUUCGACAAUGAUAACCUUCUUCGUCUUCUUUUUGAUGGCCCUAAGGUUACCAGUGUCUAUUGGCCAGAUCCAUGGCUUAGUAGUUUGGACACAGGAAGAGCACCUUAUAAUGAUAGUAGAGUUGCAAUGCUUGAUCCUUACGGGAAUUUCACUUCAUCUGAUAAUUUGAAAUUCUUAACAUCCGAUUACGGUGCAAAAGUUCAGAGAAGAUUAACGGUCGAUUAUGAUGGUAAUGUUCGAGUUUAUAGUCGGUCCGAAGGAGAGGAGUGGUUAGUUUCAUGGCAAGCCAAAUCUGACCCAUGCACAAUUCAUGGCAUUUGUGGAAAUAAUAGCAUGUGUACAUACCACCCUAGAGAGGGAAGAAGUUGCAUUUGUGCUCCCGGAUAUGAAAGGGAAAACCUUUUCGAUUGGACUCGAGGAUGCAAGGCUAAAUUCAACAGCUUCUGUGACAGCAAAGUCGAAACCGAAUUAGUCGAGUUACCACAUGCCGAUUUUUAUGGGUAUGACAUAGGCUACUUUCCAAGUUAUACUCUCGAAAUGUGCAAGAAAUUAUGCUUGGAUUUGUGCAAUUGCUUGGGUAUCCAAUUUAAAGACUAUAAAUGUUUCCCCAAGUUGCUUCUGUUGAAUGGUCACUAUUCACCCGGUGUUGCUGGGGGCAUCCACUUCAAGCUCCCAAAAUCCAAUCUCUCCUCUUAUAAAAUACCGAGGAUAGAGUACGCUGCUUUGCAAUGUCCGGCAAACGAAAUUUUGCUACCAAGGACUUACGUAAAACGAAAAGAGAGUUUGGCAAUCAAGAUUUUGCUCAUUUUCGUUGGGGCUAUAGCUGGAAUGGAGGCCAUAGUUGUACUCAUGGUUUGGUGCUUCUUAUAUGCAACCCGCCGAGAGAAAGGUGGAGCUCACAUUGAUGGAUACCACGCUGGGCCAACUGGGUUCAGACGGUUCACGUAUGAUGAGCUAAAGAAGGCAACACGGAAUUUCAGUGAAGAAAUUGGAAGAGGAAAUGGAGGAAACGUAUACAAGGCUGUGUUGUCAGAUUGCAGGGUUGCAGCGGUCAAGCGGCUCCAUGAGGCUAACCAAGGUGAGAAUGAGUUUCUGGCGGAGGUUAGCACCAUAGGAAAUCUUAACCACAUGAACUUGAUUGACAUGUGGGGGUACUGCAUAGAAGGAAAGCACCGGCUUUUGAUCUACGAAUUCAUGGAACAUGGUUCCCUAGCGGAAAAUUUGUCUUCUCCGACUGAACUCGAUUGGUCCAAGAGGUUCGAAAUUGCGGUAGGGUCGGCUAGGGGACUCGCUUAUCUUCACGAAGAGUGCUUGGAAUGGGUUCUUCAUUGUGAUGUGAAGCCACAAAACAUUCUUCUUGAUUCCGUGUACCAACCGAAGGUGGCGGAUUUUGGACUGUCGAAGAUACUCAAGAGGGAGGGCCUGAAGAAUUCAAGCUUCUCAAGAAUCCGAGGAACUAGAGGUUACAUGGCUCCUGAAUGGGUUUACAAUAUGCCAAUCACCUCCAAAGUAGACGUCUACAGUUAUGGAAUUGUUCUGUUGGAGCUGGUGACUGGUUGGAGUCCAACAGGAGGGCUUGCAAAUACUGAGAGUGGCGAUGAGAAUGGGAGCAAAAGGUUGACUUCUUGGGUGAGAGAGAGGAAGAGAACAGGAGUCCCCAUGGAAACAUGGAUAAAGGAAAUUGUGGAUCCAAGGCUGACAGGGGAAUACGACAUUAGGAAGAUUGAAGUUUUGGUUGCAGUGGCUCUUCAGUGUGUGGAGGAAGACAGAGAUGCAAGACCCACCAUGAACCAGGUGGUGGAGAAGCUUUUGCGCUCCGGCGAUGAAGAUGAAGAUGAAACAAUCCUAGUAUAGG